GGGAAGGGAAAAAUGAAUGAACUUUCUAAGUUUCUUUAAAAACUGUGAAAAGUAAGGAAGACAAACCUAAAUUGGAGUAUGCAAUCCAAACCAAAAAAGACCAGCACUAUGUCGGAAUGAAAUGGAUUAAAUGCUAAACAUUUUCUUAGUGUGACUUAAGAGUCCAUGAGAAGUUUGCUCAUGGUCAUGUUGGAAUUUCUGGAGAAGAAAUUAAAUGUAGAAGGACAAAGCUUGGAAGUGAUUGGUCAAAGUUUUAACCAAUGAGAGUCAGGAUGAAGAAGCUAACCUUAGGAAAUUUCGUGCUAGCGGUGCUUUUCUCGCUAGCUGCUCUCUCUGUGUACUCCAUGUGGAGCAUUCCUGCCAUUGAAUCAAGUAGAAAGCUAGUGGCAAGAAAAAACUUCAGGAAUGUUCAGAAAGUCACUUUUUCGCACCCCAAUGAACAGCCCCCUGGAUCCGGGCUCAAGCAAAUCGGAGAAAAAAAUUUCGAUUACAACCGAAAGGAACGUCUAUACAACCUCCGCAAGAAAUGCCAGCAAGCGGACGAAGCCAAACUUGUCAAAAAGGACAUUCCCGCCAAGAAACUGGGUCACAUUAUAGUUAAUGACCAGUAUAAAGUUCUCUACUGUUACAUACCAAAGGUUGCCUGCACUAAUAUGAAGCGGGUGUUCUUGAUUCUGACUGGUAAAAUGAACAGCACGAACCCACUAGCCCUGAAAAGUAAAGAUGUCCAUAUGGCGUUCGAUAAAUAUCUGACUUACCUGGAUUCUUACUCCGAGGAGGAGGUUCAGGAGAAGUUAAAAACGUACAAGAAACUGGUGUUUGUCAGGGAGCCAUUAGAAAGACUACUGUCUGCAUAUCGGAAUAAAUUCACCGAGAAAAGCCCGUAUUUCCAUAAGAGGUUUGGAAGGAGGAUUAUUCGUAGAUUUCGAGAAGGAUCCAAUAAGACCAAAGAAAUUUUAGGGAAUGAUGUUACUUUCUUAGAAUUUGUUAAGUAUAUUACAGAUGAUGACACUAUAGAAAGAGAAGGCUUUAAUGAACACUGGGCCCAAUAUGUAUCUCUGUGUCAGCCGUGUUAUGUGCAAUAUGACUUCAUAGGAAAAUAUGAAACCAUUGACGAAGAUGUGAACUUUGUCUUAAAAGAUCUGAAAAUUGACCAACUGAUUAAAUUCCCAAAACGAAAUGCCACAUACAAGCGAUCAAAGACCCAGGAUCAGUUGGAGUCGUAUUACAAGACAAUCCCUAAAGAUCUCCUGCAGAGACUGUGGAAGAUUUACCACACAGAUUACAGCCUCUUUGAUUACCCCUACCCAGGGGUCCUGGAGAAAUUCCUCGCCCCCCAGGAGGAGGUCUAAGUGCCAAAAACAGGAGGGACGGGAAAAUCUUCCACAAAUGAGCCAACAUUGAAUCACCCACUCCAUAUUAUGUUUUCUUCCCCAACAUUGAAUUACCCACCUUGUAUUUAUUUUUUUUCCCAGCAUUGAAUUAUCCACCUUGUAUGGAGUUUUUUCUCCCAAUAUUAAAUUACCCACCUUAUAUAAAUCUUCUUUUCCAUCAUUUUAGAUUUUAUUUACUGCUUUUUUGAUUUUGAUUUGUUGUUACACGUUACAUGUAUGUCCCUAUUGGAAAGAUUUUUUAAAAAGUACACAUACCAUGGUUUAUAUGUAUUUUUUUAUGAAAAGUUUUACUUACUUUGAAAUCCAGUUGCUCAGACAAUGGCCUAUGUGCAUUGUAUUAUUUAUGUUAAAAAUGAAAACAGACUUUUAAGUAAUGAUUUACAGUUUGUAAUGCAUCUAAAAAAAAGUAUAUUACAUGUAUUACUUGUCUCAAGUUCAGAGAAAAUUUUUGUUUAGUAUCUUUUGGUUUCUUUUUUGUUAAGUGAAGGUGAAAUUUAAAUUUGAUAUGUAAAUGAUUGAUGGAUAAUAAAUUUUACAGUAUGACCAUUUAAUAUAAGUUCAAGGGCAGAAGUAGAUUUAUUAGCAAGAAGUGAAGGCCAGUUGAGUUUGUUUCUUUUAUAUAUAUUGAAAUUUUAUGUUUGUGAGUCAUUUUUUUUUUCCAAAAUUUUCACAGCGAACGAAACAUUUUUAAUGAAAGAUAGUCUUCAAGAUUUAAAAAAGAAAAGAAAAAAUUAAUUUUACAAAUAAUGAAACAUUUUGGUUCAACAUGUUCAAAUAUAGCUUAAAAUGUUCUUUUCUUUGAGGAGAGCAUAAACUUAGAUUUGGCUGUAAAAUCAAAGUCUGUGUUUUUUUUUUGGUGUUGUAAAUGCUUUGUUUAGUUCAAUUAUUUAUAACAUGACAUGUAUAAACAAAAAUCUUUGUAUAGGUUGUCUAGUCAAGUGAAUCUUGUAAUGUGAAUGUGUUGUCCAAAGAAUAUUUUUUAUUUAUACCACAUAUUUUACAAUCUACAAAUUUCUAUAAGUUUAAAAUUAUUGUAUAAAGUUUUAUUUUGUUUGGGACAUGAUUGAUUGUACAAGCAUAUUUCAAAAGACUGUAUUUUUAUUUAAAUAAAAAACUAGAUUUAUACAUACAUAUACAAAUUGCCUUCAUUGUACUGCAUAUAACAUACUCACUGUUGUAAUUUUUUUUUACACCAGCAGUUUAUCAGUCAGAUCAUGAUAAUAUGAAGAUCUUUCCAUUAUACAACUUAUUGCAGUCCUGCACAGUACUAAGUACUUCCUGUUUAAAUGGAAAUGUGUUCAUUUAGCUGCAAGUUCAAUUCACCAUCACUAUAUGCAAUAAUUCUUUAUGGAAUCCAUUUGUAUAUCAUGCAAUAUUUUGAUUCUUUAUAUUUUGUUUUUACUGAAAGUAUGUACAAUGUUUAAAUAAUCCAUAUUUUUUGGAGCUAUUUUAUGAAAUCCAUGACAAAAUAUUAUAAAUAAAUGUGAUCUUAAUUUAUUAAUAAUUUUUCAGGGAACUAGACAUCAAUUAAAAUAAUAGCUAUUUUUCAACCACGACAUAAAAUCCCCAUGAACCUAUAUAUUUUCCUCGAGCCAUGAAAUAUUAUGAUUUUAUAAUAGUCUAAAAUACAUGUACUAGAAGUUGCAUUUUUUAAAAUGGUGGUAUACAUCUUGAAUAUUGACAAUUUUUAUAUCCUUUUAUUGUUAAAACCAAUAUGUGACAUGUAUGAAUCUCUGACAUCAGAAUUCUGAGUGGUCAACAAAUUGCCCACCAGAUCCACUGUAUAUAAAAUACAUGUAUAUGAUUUUCCUAGCCAUAAAUCAUUAUUAUUUGGUAAAGAAUAAAUCAAAAUAAUGUAAAGGUCUUAUAUCUAAUACAAUGUAAUGCAUUUUGAGACAGAACUCUUCCAUUUCAGGUGGUUUAUAUAGUCUAUAAAGUAUGAUCAUCACCCCAAAUUUUCUUAAUGAAGCUCUGAAAUAUUACUUUUAUUUAUUUUUAAAAAGGAUAAUGUAUACAUUUUGAUUUCCUAAAAAUUAGGACAACAUUUUUUUUUCUUAAAACUGAUUAUGAUAAAUAAUCCAAUCAUUGACUUUUGCUCCCUACUCAAGUUGUGUAUUUAUUCUUUAUUCUUUAAGAUUUUUAUUUUUCAAUAUUGUCUUCUUCAAAGAAGCUUUUUGCAUGAGUAUAAUUUAUGAAUUGUUCUUAUUUUUCUUUGAUAUACAUGUGUACUAUUGAUCUUCAUUUCCACUGUACACUGAAUGUACUCUCUUUUAUUUACUUAUAUUUACUUGUAAGAUCACAUUAUUCUUCAAAUGUUUAUUUUACUUCACUGGUCAAUAAACAUUUAUUGCAUUG